UUCCCAGUCCGCUUCUGUUGGUGAUGUACCAUCAUCACCGGAAGAGUUGUGCGUUUGCGCCGUCUCUCUAAGCUAGUUAGCUAACGUAGUGAUCGGGCCACCGUACAAACCGUAUUAAGACAAAAUGGCAGGGUUGCCUCGGAGGAUCAUUAAGGAAACACAGCGCCUACUGGCAGAGCCUGUACCAGGGAUUAAAGCCGAACCAGAUGAAGGGAAUGCCCGCUACUUCCAUGUGGUCAUCGCCGGGCCCCAGGACUCCCCCUUCGAAGGGGGCACCUUCAAACUUGAACUCUUUCUGCCAGAAGAGUACCCCAUGGCAGCCCCGAAAGUUCGGUUUAUGACCAAAAUCUACCACCCCAACGUGGACAAGCUGGGUAGAAUAUGUCUAGACAUUUUAAAAGAUAAAUGGUCCCCAGCGCUGCAGAUCCGUACAGUCCUGCUGUCCAUCCAGGCUUUGCUCAGUGCUCCAAACCCAGAUGACCCUCUCGCAAAUGAUGUGGCAGAGCAGUGGAAGAGCAAUGAAGCCCAAGCCAUUGAAACAGCUCGAACAUGGACCAGGCUGUACGCUGGAAACAACAUUGAAGUCUAAAAAGAAAGAGAACCUGAAAAAGAAGAUUUAGAGCGUGAGUGUAAAGUGCUCUCGUUCUGCCAAGAUCCUACUCCUUUCUUCGUUUGCAUUUAAAGGACACUGUCUCAGAAAAAAUGUAAAAAAAAAUCAUUAAGCAAAAAACUACAGAAUAUAUAUUAAGUAAGAAAAAAUACAACCACACCUUUACAGACUACUGCAGACCUUUUGGUUAUUUCAAGAGGCGUUAGUGAGGCAUUGGUUCCUCAUCCCACAUUCACAGCACCCAAGGCUUAUAUAUCGCUUGCUACACACCACACGGUUGUUUUCUGUAUCUCUGUGGAUGGGUCACCAUAUUUUGACGCCCCAGCCUUGCUUUAGGCCCACCGGUGUGGAGGUUCCAAACAUGGGUUAGCGUCCUCCAUUAUCCCGAUUAAAUAACUUGAAUCAUGUAGGGGUAGUUGGGGUGUUGGUGCUACAUUUAGG